AUGUCUCAGGAUCAUCAAAACCCUAUUACUGUAUCCUUAAAGGACCUCAGGGAUAAUAACGUAUCAGAUAGUUUACUGGUGGAUGCGUUUGGUCGUGAGUCUCUAGGCAUUAUCAUCGUCACAGACUUACCCGAUCACUACAAGCAACUGCGAGCCAGGGUCCUGCAGAAUGCUGCUAAACUAGCACAUCUAGCCCCUGAAAAACUUGCCAAAAUCGAGGUACCAGAGGCUUUCUGGUUAGUCGGAUGGUCUUGCGGGAAAGAAAAACUUGCAAAUGGCUUACCAGAUAAUUACAAAGGAUCGUACUAUGUCAAUUGCGACUUUUAUGCCGAGAAGUCUGGCCAGAAACCCGAAUUUACUGCCCAGGACCUAGCCAAUUGUAAGGAGUACACAUCCAACAACGUAUUUCCCGACGACUCAGACAUUCCUCGAUUCGAACAGGAUUUGAAAGAUCUUCUCACUCUUAUGAUCGAUACUGCCAAACAAGUGGCCAAGAACUGUGAUCGCUAUCUCACCAAUAACAAACAAGCCACUGGUCAAGCUGCUGCUGUAAAUAGCAACAACUACCUUGAAAACAUUGUCAAGACCUCCAACACCACCAAGGCCCGUCUAUUGCAUUAUUACGCCCCACCGGCCGACGCUGCCCCUGAGUCCGAUGACAGUUGGUGUGGAGAGCAUGUGGACCACUCAUGUAUCACCGCACUCACAAGUGAGUACCUGAUCCAGAACGGUAACACUUCUAACGAAGUGACACUUCCUGCUUCUGAACAACACAAAUACGGAUUAUUCAUUCGCGACCGCCAGGGAUCUCCUUUGCGAGUCGAGAUUCCUAAAGACGCCCUUGCUUUCCAGACUGGCAGUGCUCUUGAAGCCAUCAGUGGCGGGGUGUUCAGAGCCAUCCCACACUAUGUCAAGGCCCCUUCAUCUCCCGAAAUCGCCCGCAGCACCCUCGCUGUCUUCUGCCAACCCAGCUUGCAUGACAAAGUCUCUGUCGACAAGGACUUUGUCACCUUCUCCCGCGAGAUCCUGUCCAAGAACCACUAA